AUGCACGGGAGGCUCGAGGAACCACAAAAACCGAUCAAAGUCGGGCGCUCUCAAGACUCUCGACUACAGGCCCUAAAAUGGGAGGAAAAACUUUCAUCGGAUCAAGGAAGAUCCCUGCCGAGCAGCUGGAAACAGCCAUCGCGGUUGACGGCGAUGCUGCUUGAACCCUGCUUGUAUUGUCUUUCCACGAUACCUAGAAUAGAGCUGGCUGGACACAACCAUGAUCAGCCUCCUUUGAUAACGAAACGCGAACCACUGCUCAUGAUGGGCGGAGAUGCUGGUGGAGAUGCCACUGGUCGGGGAAUGUCAGCGGCUGACGGGGAGUCUCCCCCUCCCGAGACAGAGCAGCCAUAUCAGCCUAUGCGGUCUGCAUCUGCUUCCUCGCUGCCGUUUGAAGGUUGGAAAAAGAGCACUGUGAACUCAUCCAGCCGCAGAAGUAUCAGCAGAAAUGGAGAUAGGCGCUCACAAAGGGCGCAGAGUGCCACCAGGAUCCGGCGGGCGUCGCUCUCCUCCCAACUUCCCGGUAGGCUUGACUUUCUAGAUCGGAAGGAAAAAGGUCCCUUUCCGUCCACCCUGGUUGAUGUAUCGAAAAAGCUUGGAACAUUUUCCGGUGUCUUUGUUCCUACAACUUUAAAUGUUCUGAGCAUUCUCAUGUUCCUUCGAUUCGGCUUCAUCCUUGGGCAGAGCGGGGUCUUGGGAAUGUUGGGAAUGCUUGUUGCCUCGUAUAUGAUUAAUUUGGUUACGACAAUGUCCAUAUCUGCAAUCGCAACCAAUGGAACCGUUCGAGGUGGCGGUGCCUACUACCUUAUUUCACGCUCCUUGGGACCUGAAUUUGGAGGCUCUAUUGGCACCGUAUUCUACAUAGGCUGUGUGUUCAACACAGGAAUGAACGCUGUUGGUUUGGUUGAUUGUCUGACCCAGAGCUUUGGUUCCGCAUCGGGUUCUUUGUCUAAUUUCCUCCUGGAAGGCUUCUGGUGGCAGUACCUCUGGGGUACAAUAGUUUUGGUCUUGUGCACAGGGAUCUGCUUGGCGGGGAGCUCAAUGUUCGCUAGGGCUAGUAAUGGACUCCUUGCAGUCCUGCUAGUGGCGACAUAUAGCAUUCCGCUCUCCCCGCUACUACUCGGUCCAUUCGCAAACCAUAAAAUUGGUAUAGAGUACACCGGCUUUAGCCUGACAACGUUCCUUGGGAAUUUAAAACCGGGAUUCACCAAAGGAGCGGCAGGAAGCCAGAUCCCAGGCAAGGAGAGUUUCCAAAAUUUGUUUGGCAUAUUGUACCCUGCAACGGGGGGAAUAUUUGCGGGCGCAAGUAUGUCGGGUGAUUUGAAGAACCCAAGUCGAUCCAUCCCGAAAGGUACCCUAUCCGGACUCGGCUUGACGUUUGCCACUUAUACUAUUGUGAUCUUGGUGAUUGCCUCUACAGUGACAAGAGAAUCUUUAUAUAGAGAUGUUAAUAUUAUACAAGAUAUCAAUAUGUCCGCUGCUCUCAUCGUUCUCGGAGAAUUUGCAACCACUUUUUUCUCGGCCCUGAUGGGCCUCAUCGGCGCGUCAAAGCUACUUCAGGCUAUUGCCAGAGAUGAUCUCAUUCCCGGCGUCUCCUUUUUUGCCAGAGGAACGCCAAAGACCGAUGAGCCUACGCGAGCUAUUAUAUUUACCUUUGUUAUCGCGCAGUUGACAAUGUUGCUUGAUAUCAAUCAGAUUGCGUCGUUUAUCACUAUGAUUUAUCUAAUGACAUUUCUAGUGACAAAUCUUGCGUGUUUCUUACUCAAAAUUGGGUCUGCACCAAAUUUCCGCCCUUCGUUUCAUUAUUUCAACUCCUGGACAGCACUAGCUGGGGCAUUGGUUAGUGGCACUAGUAUGUUUUUCGUUGAUGGUGUAUACGCGGCGGGGUGCGUUUGCGUUUUGGUACUCCUGUUUCUUCUUAUCCACUACACCACGCCUCCGAAAUCAUGGGGCGAUGUUAGCCAAAGCUUGAUUUAUCAUCAAGUUCGAAAAUAUCUGCUACGCCUCCGCCCCGAACAUGUGAAGUUCUGGCGCCCACAGGUACUCCUCUUUGUUGACAACUUUGACGUGCAGUACAAAAUGAUACAUUUCUGCAACUCGUUGAAGAAAGGCGGAUUGUUCGUGCUGGGCCAUAUUCUUGUGACUAAAGAGUUUGCACGUGCGGUACCUGAAGCAAGGCGAGAACAGACGCUAUGGAAUAAAUUUGUCGAAUAUUCAAAAGUCAAAGCGUUUGUUAACGUUACGGUGGCCCCUACAAUCGAAUGGGGAGUGAGGAAUGUAGUUCUGAAUUCCGGGUUGGGGGGCAUGAGGCCUAACAUCGUUGUCAUCGAUCAGUUCCGCCGACAAAGCGGGCGGCUCAGCGCAGAGGGUGACGACAACGCAGUGCCCGCACGUGGAAGGACAAGUGCUCGACAGGGUCCUGGGAUGGAGGUUAUCGACAAGGCAUACUCGAUGAGUGUACAAAGCUACGUGACUGUAUUGGAGGAUCUUCUUUUCAAGCUUCGAAUUAACGUUGCCAUCGCGCGAGGAUUUGAGGAUCUGGAGCUACCCAGCCCUACAGGGCGUGGUACCAAACGGUACAUCGACCUUUGGCCCAUCCAGAUGUCUGCAGAGUUUUCUGGUGAAGGGUGUUACAGCAGCCAAAAUAUUGUGACAACCAACUUUGACACGUAUACGCUUAUUUUACAGCUGGGAUGUAUCCUUCAUACGGUGCCAUCCUGGAAGAAUUCUUACAAGUUGAGAGUGGCGGUAUUCGUGGAGUAUGAGACGGACGUCGAAGAGGAGCGUGGAAGGGUUGCAACGUUAUUAGAGAAGCUGCGGAUCGAAGCUGAAGUGCUCGUGUUCUGGCUUGCGAGUGGGGGACUUAAAUCUUAUAAAAUCAUCGUGAAUGGAGAACAAGCCGCUUUGGCGGAGAGGGCACGGGUUGAUUCUGUUCUGGAAGAGGAGGAUUGGUGGCAGGAGAUCAAGAGAUUCCGAAAGGGAGAACAUGACCGUCGAACGAAGGGAAGAUCGGGGCAACCUUCACGCCCACACCCUACGUGGCUACGCUCGCAAGAGGAGCACGAAAACAGCCCCCUACGAAAGUUUAUCGAGUCAUCCCGGAGAAGAAGAUCUGUAGGAAGCCUUGGCGGUAUGGCAGUCAGCCUGGGCAUGCAAACCCAACGCCUCUUGGACUCCAUGGUCGACUACCAUCCUGAUGAAAGUGAGGAGUCAUCGUCCGGUGGAGGAAGUGAAAUGGAAGCAUAUGUGAGCGAAGCGGACGACGAAGAUGAAGACGUGGAUGCAGAUGCAGAGGACAUAGGGGAUGAGCCAUCGUCACCGGCGGAAGCCAGGACAACUCCAAGGUCAGCAUUUCUAGGGAGUCCAAGAAAGCCACGUAUCGACGCCAGAAAACGUCGCGUAGGUUCUGUAUCGGAGUCUGCCGUGACUGAUUCAGAGGACUCCGGAACGGAAGCUUCGACGUCUUGUCCCACGCACCCAGCAAUCAGCAGGGUGAAAGCUGAGGGGACAGCGCCUUCUCGGGACAAAUCAGGCAUGGUCAGAACCUCUUCAACGGUGAGGUUUUCUUCGGCGCCAAUACCAGAAACGAAGGUCGCGACGGAGGAGGGGACAGGACCAUCGAUCAUGUUCGCCGCAACAGACUUGGGACGGCCUGGGCCCAGAUCCUCUUCGUCUAUCUACAAGCGACCCUCUUCCCCCGACCACCCCAGGCCGGAGUCGUCAGCGCGGGCCGACCGUGCUUCGGGCUAUCCGUUACAGGCUUCUGUUCCACUCUCAUUUAACGAUCUCCCACGCCGUGCGCAGCAUCUCAUUGUGAACGAGCUGAUGAAGUCACAUAGCAAGAAGACUGCGGUUAUCAUGACCACGCUCCCGUCUCCUGUAGAAGGGACCUGUCGAGAUCCCGGGGCAAGCCAGCAGUACUUGAGUGACUUAGAGCACGGACGAUUUACUGCGAAAGCGCUCUGCAGAUGUGCAGGGAGUGCAUACCAUAAGAAGGGGCAUUGUCAUGCUUGGCUUGCGGAGACUGUUGCAGAGAAAAAGAAGGCUCAGAAGGGCCUAGAUGGGCUAAAUGUAGCCAGAGAAGCAAAAGCUUGUGAGGAAUGGGAGCCUUCUAGUAGCAUGAAAUGCAUUAAGCUUCGCAGUGGAAGAACAUCUGGUAGAAAGCCUGCAUUCAAAUUCACAGGUGGCAGUGGAGGAGUUGGCUGGUAUUGA